GACUGUUCUUGAUUCAUUCACAUGUUGGUGUCAACGACAUUUGCGAUACAGGUGCCAGCAUGCACCUCAUACUGUAUACGUUUUUGUAAAGAUAAAUGGCAUACGGGUUAUGCAAUGCUUAUAUAUGCAUGCACAUGCAUAUAUAAGAGGAACAGUUUAUGAUUUCUCCAAGUACUUGAACUUGAAAUUCAAAGCGCGAAGUAUGAGUUUCGUAUUAGAAAUUGUACUACUAAUUUUACUUGGAGUGGUAUACGGAUGGAGUAUAGAGGACACCGAAAUUGUUUUACUGCCGUUAUGGAAUACAGAAGACAAUGUGGAGGUAUCCCUAAGUUUCAAGGCAUUCGAUCGAUCCGUCGAGUUAACGUUGCGUAGGAAUGACAAUAUCGUAGCGUCUCAGUUUCAAGUUUGGAAGCACAUUAAUGAAGACAACGUGGAAGAGUUACCGGAACUCGGUAAACCCGCACCUUGCCAUUAUCUUCACACAAACGAGUUGAGUUCGGCGGCCAUAAGUCUGUGCAAAGAAGGUGGAAUGCAUGGUUUCGUCUUCUUGGACAAUGUCACGUUGGAAAUUAGGCCACUUCGGGACCAGAAAAUGUUCUUUUUCAACGACCAUCAUCGCGUUAGACAACGUUCGAAAUUUUUCGGAGAGCCGCAUAUUGUCAAGAGAGCACACGCUUCUCCCAUGUUUUUUGAAAACGAACCAAAAUGGUACGAACACAACGAGAUUACAAAUUACAAAACGGAUCAUCUUACCAGAGAUGUACUCGAUGAGCUAAUUGUAAGACCGAAUAAGUCGAACGAUGCUCUGACAUUAGAAUUGGCAGUUUUCUUCGAUGAGCCUGGCUACAAUCUUUUCUCGCCUUUCUUCGAAAGAAACGACGAACGGAUACGCGACAUGCUGCUAGCCUAUAUAAACGGCGUUCAAGCGGUUUAUCAUCAUCCUACAUUAGGAGUUGUAAUCGACAUAUCUCUCGUCAGAUUGGAGAUUAUGCAGAGACAACCGCGCGACUUGCCACAUUUUGACGGUGAGAGGGGCAGCUUGUUGGAUUCGUUUUGUAAUUAUGCUAAGAAGCGGAAUCCUUCUGAUGAAACUGAUCCGAAUCACUGGGACAUGGGUCUGUACGUUUCCGGUUUGGAUUUCUACGCUGUGGAGGCUGGACGAAAGAACACUGCCACUAUGGGACUUGCAACGGUAGGCGGGCUCUGCAUCGAUCGAUAUUCUUGUGUUAUCGCUGAAUUGGGUGUUACCAAUCAAUUUGGAAAACCGUUCCCGUCAGCGGGUUUUACGUCCGUCUAUAUAGCUGCUCAUGAAAUUGGCCACAAUUUAGGAAUGCAUCACGACUCGACUGGCAAUCCAUGUCCGAGAGAUGGCUACAUAAUGUCUCCGAGCAGAGGCACGGAUGGCGAGACAAUUUGGUCGGAAUGUAGUCGUGACGUAGCGCAAAGGCUCUCUUAUACGAAACCUUGUCUUACGGACAGACCGUCUCCCCAAACGAACAACCGACUCGACCAUACUCGAUUCUUUGAUCUUCCGGGUAGAGAAUGGAACGCGAAGAAGCAGUGCGAGGUACUACUACGCGAUAAGGAUGCGAGCGUCGCGACCCUCUACAGAAGUUGCAAGUCCUUGCAAUGCAAGACCCCGCACAGAAGCGGUUACUACUUGGCCGGACCAGCGUUAGAUGGAACAUACUGCGCCGUAGGGAAGGAAUGCCGGGGCGGUGAAUGCAAGAACGCGUUAAAAAUUCCUACGGAAACGGAUAGACCCCUGGUUGAAACAGUAGGCUGGAGCGACUGGAAACUAGGACCGUGCAGUAGUGGAUGUCUGUUGAAAUCUGUCGGUGCACAGGUCAGACGACGAUUCUGUGGGAGUCCAAUUCCGGAAAAUCCAGACGCAGGUUGUCGAGGAUCUGCUUACGACGUGGUCCUCUGUAGGGAUGACAGACUUUGCAAGAAAAAACGUAGGAGCAUAAACGAAUUUGCGACAUUAAGGUGCAAAGAGUUUAGCGAGAGACUGCCAGAAUUGGAUGGCAAGGGUGGCGGAUUACAAGCGCUGCACGAGCCUGAAAGACCGUGGAUGUCUUGCGCUAUAUUCUGUCGGCGAAAAGACAUAGCAUCUUAUUACACACCGCGUGUAGAAUUAAACGACCUUGGCCUUGACCCAUACUUUCCAGAUGGGACAUGGUGCCACGCCGAGGAGGGACAAAAUUAUUUUUGUCGGCAGCAUCACUGUCUACCGGAGAACUUUCGUUUCGAAAAAACACUCUCGAAGGACCGUCAGCAGGACGACAUCGAAUUCGGGCCCCAAAAUGCUCAUCCCAACGGGCUUCGUCUCGAUGAUCAAGUGGUUAAAUAUCAUAGUUUAGGACCGGACGGUUUGCCACUAUUGACCUCACUGUUAUCGCGUAGUAGUAUUGGGUUACCACCGGAUGAGAACGAAUGGAUCGAUAAAGAUUACAUCGAGUUAACCGAGCUGCCACAAGAAAUUCUCUUCGAUCUAUAGCGUACAGGAUGAAAAAGGAACGGGAAUGAUUUUAAUGUUUCAUUUAUUUGAUACUAAUAUAUACUCGGUUCGGGGCUUGACCACUAGAGGCGUUAGGUGGUAGACUGGUAGAUUACGGCUAGAAAAAUCAGGCUCGGGUUAGGUUAGACGUCCUCGAUUGCCAUAUUGCAUUUACGUUACGAUUUACCCCACCACUGGACAGUCAGUGAGUCAGUGGAGACACGACUAGUCCACAAGCAUAAAAGUACGGUAUAUACUGUAUACGUGAGGUAAGUUCGAUUUCAACUGCGACUCAUUGCCAGUAGUUUGGUACGGUGUUCACACUGUUCCAGACCGCAUAACUUUGGCAAUUCAAGAAAGCCAAUGCGAUGCGUCUUUCCUCGCAUCUCACGUCCUGUUUGCCAAUAAUUGAUUUUCCUAACCGUCCUAAUUAAUUCCAGGAAAUUAUGUAACAAUUGUAUAUCUAUGAAACAUUUAAAAAUAAAGAUCUUGGUAGUUUUUUAGAAAUAUGUCUGUACGAAUUUGCAGAGAAAUU